CGCAGCAAUGGUCGUUCAGAGAAGAAUCGGGUUCUUUGCAUUAGAAGAAAGUGGAGUAAUUGAUGACCUGCAUUGGGCAUUACAUAAGCACGUUCUUCUUUCUCCCGCUGUAUCUGGCGUGAAGUGUCUUUCCUGUCAGAACAACAAGAACCACGAUGAUAUUAGCCCAUUUGACCUUCUUUCUAUCCCCUAUUACCUUCUUAUAAUCGCCUGAAGGUAGGAUGGAAAUGAUUGUAUGGUUCAACUUGCCCUCAUUUUAAACUCAGCUCUUUUGGCGCUAAUGAUGCAGUGAGAUUGCAUGCUGCCAUAAGCGUGCCUUAAUGAGUCACUUUAACUCAUUCCCAACCACAUCAUUCCAACAAUCAUGACCGGAUCAAAACAUUCCGUUUGUGUUUUUUGUGGCUCAUCGCCAGGAGCACGACCGGAAUAUGUGGAAACGGCAAAAGAUGUUGGUCAUCAGAUGGCAAGUACAACUUCAUGGCGGUUAGUGUAUGGUGGAGGAAAUCGUGGUUGUAUGGGAGCUGUUGCAUCGGCUUAUUUAGAAGCAAAUGGAAGUGUUUUAGGUGUGAUACCAGAAGCUAUGGUCAAACAAGCACCAAGAGGUCAUUCAACAACUUCAGCUGAAGGUAAAGGUCCUGAAUUACUCAAACCAACCAAUUCCGAAUCUGGAUCGUUUGAAACAAUCUUGACAAAUGAUAUGCAUUCACGUAAGAAGAAAAUGGCGGCAGAAUCUGAUCUUGGAUUCAUUGCUCUACCCGGAGGAUAUGGUACAUUUGAAGAAGUAUUUGAAAUGAUCACUUGGACACAAUUGGGCAUUCAUCGCAAACCGGUCAUUCUCGUAAACGUUCUCGGAUUUUAUGAGCACUUGAAGCUAUUCGUUGAAAAGGCUUUAGACGAACAAUUCAUUCCAGAAUCUGGAAGGAGCAUCAUCUCAUUUGUUGAUGAGAAAGAUGCUCAGCAGUGUGGUGGCUGGGGUAAAGCUGUUGUUGCUCAUGUUCAAAAGGCCAACGAAGCUCUUGCCGCUUCCGGUAUUCAAGGCUACUUUGAUUGGGACGAGCAAGGUCAGACGCAAAAGAAGGGGGACCAGACCGAAUUCAGUGUCCCUGCUUUACUUCGCAAUACACCUGCCGAUCAGCUCAGCGUUGAUGUCAAAAAUCUCACAUUCUCCUUUGCACCCGACAGUGGAGCUAAACCUGCAUUGGAAAAUUGCAAUCUUCAAUUGACGAGAGGAUCACGUUGUCUCUUGAUCGGUGCAAAUGGUGCUGGUAAAUCGACAAUCCUACGACUUUUGGCAGGAAAACGUAUGGCAAGCAAAGGAGCCCAUAUGCGCGUAUUCGGAAAGGACGUUUUCCAUCAAGCACCCGGUGGAAUCACGUACCUUGGUACAGAAUGGGCAAUGAACCCUGUUGUUCGAUCUGAUAUUCAAGUGGCAGCAUUUUUGGACAGUGUUGGUGGGUAUCGUCAUAAAGAGAGACGCGAUCAACUGCUCGAUAUCUUGGACGUCAACACAAAUUGGCGCAUGCAUGCAAUCAGUGAUGGUGAACGUAGACGUGUUCAAUUGACCAUGGGAUUGAUGGAACCUUGGAAUGUUUUACUUUUGGAUGAAGUGACUGUGGAUUUGGACGUACAAGUUCGGGCUGAUUUGUUAACCUUCUUGGCCAGGGAGACGGAAACAAGAGGUGCGACAAUCAUUUAUGCCACUCACAUCUUUGAUGGCUUACAAAACUUCCCCACCCAUCUUGUUCAUAUGCAACACGGUACAACAACGACUGAAGAACCAGUCAAUUGGCCACCUUUGAUGCAGGAUGAUCAGCAAAUGCAAUCACUGCCUGCUAUUUGGCGUGAACAUAAGUCUAGCCGUGCUGAUGCAUCAAAAGCACCUCCUCUAUUCGAAACUGCAUUGGAAUGGUUGCGUGAGGAUAGAGUUGUUCGCGCUGAACGUGAAAAACAGCAAGGUACUACAGCCGUUCGUGGUGCACGUAGAGGCGAUCAAACCGAAACGGAUAGCGAACGUUUCUUUAGCAAAUAUGAUUAUUCUCAAAAUGUGAAUCGUUAAAGUCUCCCCCUUCUUCCCCUAAAGACGCCUUCAACAAGGACGUCAUCGUGCAAGCCGACUGACAGAUCUUUCAACACCGAUCUGCAGCCGGCAGUUGCUCUCCUUUUUCUGCCCUCUCUCGUUUUACGUCUCAUCACGUUUUAAUUGCUCUAAAGUGGAAAAUCAAUAGACCGCUUUGCUUCGGCUUCAUCUACCGCACACAUUCUGUAUCAUCACCAUCACAUGUUCAAAAAUAGAUAUAUAUUAAUCAAGUC